AUGGCCUCUAGUAAAGUCAUACUCGAUGUUGGUGGUGAAAAAUAUACGACUUCAAUUGAUACAUUAACAGCACGUGAACAAAAUACUUUCUUUACAGAUCUUUUUGCACGUCAAUGGCAAGCUGAACGUGAUCCGAAAGAUGAUAGUAUUUUUAUUGAUCGUAAUGGUAAACUUUUUACUCAUAUUCUUGAAUAUUUAAGAUCAGGUACAAUAUCAAAUAAUAUUAAAACUGAUGAAACACUUCGACAAAAUCUUGUUAUGGAAGCAAAUUUUUUUCGUUUACAAAAACUAAUAAAUCUCUUAGCAAAACCAACAUUUCCUGGUAGUACUCUUUUGGAAAAUUAUGAACAUAAAGAAAAAUUAAAUGAAUUUUAUGGUAAACCUGAUCAACAAUGGGAAUUAAUUUAUAAAGCAUCACGGGAUGGUUUUACUAACGAUGCAUUUCAUAAAAAAUGUGAUGGAAAAGGUCGUACUAUUACUAUUAUUCAAUUCGCUGAAAAAUUUCUUUUCGGAGGUUAUACAUCAAUCCCAUGGAGUACAAAUGUAGGUCCUAGAAAAGAUACACAAGCAUUUUUAUUUACAUUAACAAAUCCUCAUAAUAUUCCACCUACAAAAUAUCCAAUUAAUCCUGCUAAGACUUUAAAUGCAGUUUAUCAUUUUCAUUCACAAGGUCCUAGUUUUGGUGAUAAUGCUGAUAUAAUGGUAUUAAAUAACAAUAAUUUAACUAAUGUACAACCUAGAAGUUUUACAAAAUUUCCAAUUUCAUAUACAGAUACAACUGAACAUGGUGAUAAAACGUUUACUGGCAAUCGUGAAUUUACUACAUGUGAAAUUGAAGUAUUCAAAAUCGCUUAA